UCAAUAAUAGCAAUAAACAACAGAUCGUAUUUCAAACAGAGAACACUGAAUCUUCCAAAAGUAGAUCUGCAUAUCGUAUAUACAUAAUUACAGUGGGUCGUAUAAAUAAGUUUAGGAAUCACUUAAAACGCAUCUUGCGCUAGGCGCUAUGCACUGUCCGUGAUACGGGUACGCAAAGUAGAGAAGGUGCAGUGCAGUGUACGCGAGAAAAAAUAGUAGAGUAGAAGAAGGCAAUACAACAACAGUAUUGUCAAAGUAAAGAAAAGGCAACUCGUGAUGCUCCCCAGCGAAGCAAAACAGACAGUGAAAACAUUAGCUAUAAGGCGUUCACGUAUGCAGCAGCAGCAGCGUUUGCAUUCCGCUGUUUUGGAAGUUGGCUGGUCUUAUAGACGCAGCGGCGAUAAUAUCCGGUCAUCGACAUACUUUCCAAGUCAGCAUUUGUUGUGAGCACCUCCCAUCCUCCCACAGCCAGCAGCUAGCAGCAGAUUCAACAUCCGACUACAGCAAGCGCUAGUUUUCACAAAAUGUCCAUAAAAGUGAGCUUUGAAAUUGGCCACGAGGCAUCACUAAGGGCACGUACCACUCCGGAGGGCUACACUCACGACUGGGAACUGUUUGUACGGGGUCACGACGGAAAUGACAUUAGUCACUAUGUGGACAAAGUUGUAUUCACCCUGCACGAUUCUUUCCCGAAACCCAGGAGGGUACUUAAGGAACCUCCUUAUGUGGUGAAAGAGCAGGGCUACGCCGGGUUUAUUCUCCCGAUUGAAAUCUAUUUCAAGAACAAGAGCGAUGAGCCGAAGAAAAAGGCAUUUUCAUACGAUCUGGAUUUGACGUCUUACAAAGUACAGCGAGAAGAGUGUAUUAUUGCGAACCCGUCGGAUGACUUCAAGAGAAAGCUCUUGAAAGGCGGAGGUACGCUACUCAACAGCGGAAUGGCAUCUUCAGCGUCCUCGGGAGAAUACAAACGGCACAGUGGAAGCGGAGGAAGCGGUGAAAAAACCGGUUCAUCCCAAGAUAAAAAGUACAAGAAGAGCUCCGGAGACGAUUCAAAGGUACAAAGCACAUUCGCGACUCUAUUUGGACCGCCAAUAACUAAAGGGAACAGCAAGGUAUCGCCCGAUCCUGCUAAGCAAAGCUCAUCCUCGUCAAGUAAAACGUCACCUAGUGGAGGGGGAGGAGGUAGCAGUGGAAGUAGUAAAACCCAACAAUCGAGCUCGAAAGGUGAUCGUUCCAGUUCGAGUUCUUCGAAAGACAAGGAGAAGAGCGAAAAAGAUAAGACCUCCAAACAUAAGCACUCAAGUCCUAAUAAGGAAAAAGAAUCGAAAAAGUCCUCAAGCAGCGAGGAUAAACACAGUAAGGAAAAGAAAGAUAAAAGCCAUUCCAAAGAACGAGACAAAACAAAGGACAAAAGCUCAAGUUCGUCUUCAUCGUUCUCGAAGCGGCCGCCCAGUCCGAAGCGGAACAGUACGGCGGCGAUUCCUGCUCCGACGAUGACCAAUAGUCCUGUGACAAAAAGGCAUCCUUCGCCUUCUGUUCCACCUACAGCAGCGGUGCCUCCGGUAUCCAGCGGUAGCACGAAAUCUGAAGAAAAAUCUUCUAGUAAGCACAGUGGUGAAAAAGAAAGGAAGAGGGAAAAGAAAGACAAGAAAACCUACGACAAAGAUAAAGAGCGUAGUGAAAAGAAAGAUCGAGAACAAAAGAAAGACAAAGAACACGAAAAGAGCAACACUUCUACUUCCGAUAAACCGAAAUCGGAUAUAAUCAAACCAAGCAAACUGGAUGCUGCAAAACUCGAGCAAAAAUUAUACUCCAAAGAGAAAAAAGUGGCUGAGGAGGUUCCCAAACCAGCACUUUUAGAGGUCCCUCAACUACAGCAAGCUGUAGUGCCGCCGCCAGCGCAAGAACCUACCAAGCGAAUUGACAAAACGGAUGCUAAAGAAAAGGAUAAAGAGGAACGGAAACACAAACACAAGAAGAAAGACAAAUCCAAAGACAAGGAAAAGGAACGAUCUUCUAGCAGUAAAGAUAAGAAGGAAAAGAAAGACAAAGAUAAAUCGUCCAGUAGUAAGACAAAUUUUCCCACCCCUCCCACUCGGGAACCGGAGCCAGCCGUUUCACCUAUAAAACCAGCAAAAUUACCAGAUCCAACCAAAUCUCUUCCACAAGAACGAGAACCUCAACCGCAGCCUCCUCCCAAGACUAACCCUUUGAGUUCUCUAGUAGAAGAGCUUAGUGCUGAAAACAGCAGUGACUCCGAAGCAGAUAGCCCUCCUUCCAUAAUACAAGAUAAAGAUUCGGAAAACUCAAACAGCAGUAUAGCGGACUUACUAGCAGCUAGACCGCCUUCAGCAGCAUCUUCCAGCGCUUCCUCCAGUAUCACAAAACCACUGGAGCCGAGGCAUGUUCCCGAACCACCUCCUCCGGUUGUGGAGCCAUCAAAGCCCGAGAAAAGUCACCAUAAGAGUAAAAAGGAGAAGGCGAAAAACGCCUCGACCGAAGGCAAGGAGGAAACUAAAAAGCGAAAACGGAAAAAUAAGGAUGCAGAGGGAGAAAAAGAGAAAGACAAAAAAUCUUCUGCAUCGUCCGCGGCUGUUAUCCGAAGAAGUCCUUCACCUCCUACGCCACCGCCUACACUAAUGGAGCCACCAGUAAAAAUCCCCAAAAGGGACGAUGCAUUUUCCAAGCGUGAGGAAUCACCUGCAGCGAACAACAAUAACCACUCGAAAAUGCUUCCACCAGAAGACACCAUUGGCACAACCUCCUCCUACUUCAACAACAACAACGCUUCUGCUGUCCCGAUGGUUAACCCGGCGCAGCUUCCGCCACCGACAUCCUCUCAGCCGAACAUCAACAGUUCCAGUGCCACCACGAUGACCAGCUUGUCCGGCGAUUAUAUGUCGGAGCUGAAAGAUUUGCAGCACAAAAUCAUGACCCUGCAGGACAACAACGAACUGCAGCGGGUCGUGGAGAUGAUCGCCGCCACCGGGUGUUACGAGAUUACCAGUGCAACCUUUGAUUUCGACCUGUGUGCUCUCGACCGGCACACCGUUCAACGAUUGCAGGAUUUCUUCGCCAUGUCCUGUUCAUCUUGACAGUAAGUUCCUUAUCUCCGCUCUCGUUGUAGCAAACCAUACCUAAUUUUAGUACGGAUUUUACUACGUUAGAACCAACACCUCUCAAACUGGAGAUAUCCUUCCGUUUUGUCAUGUUUUCUGUAAGCUAUUGUACUUUAAUUUAUAGUUUUAUUUAUUUCCGAUACCGUACACCGGAUCUGUUAAAAGUUUUAGAGUCAAUGACUUGCGUCUGUCAUGCUUGUCGUUCCAAACAAGAAUGAGUAAAUAUCUACUCAUUUCGGGAACAUAGCAGAUUAAACUGAAAAUUGUACAAAAUAAUAAAAAUCGAUCAUACAAAACCAACAUCGCCCGUGCAGUACUCACUCUCACUCUACACGGUGGUUGCGUCUACGUCAAGAAGUUUUGUCUUUCGAAAGGGUUUUUUGUUUGUUUGUAGAUUAUUACACGGUCGUUGAUCUCACAAUGAAGAUUGUGCGUUUAUCGCUGUAAACGUGAAAAAUGGAUUCCCUGAUGUAAAUCUACAGCAAGAAAAUAUGUAUGGGAACCCAACAGGACACAGGUGGCAUUAUUAGGUAAUAAGUAAAUGUGUAAAUGCUGUCAUUUAAUCAUUACAAAACGAAACGAAGGCGGUGGAUGGAAUGGUUAAAUGGAUUGUCAAACUCCUCUCUCGGCGAAUGCUCACUCUUAAUCAACUAGGAAGUGCCUGACAGGGAAGGUUAUCCGCAAAAUAUGAAAAUUAAGAACUUAUUUGAGAUCCGGUGAAGUUUCCAAAUUUAUGGAAUAUAAGCUCGUUGCAAUAGCAGCGACUGUCUUUUCAAGCUUUUAAUAUUUCAUCAGUUCACGAAUUGGUCCACCAUUUCAAAGGUAAUUUGUUUACUACUUCUGAGGUACAAAUCUGCGAUUUAGGGAUAUCUUGCAGCUUCUUCAUAGUGCAGAUGAGUGCUACCGCCCGUGUAUGCAACUCUUUCAAAUUUACAGCCGGCAAUGUCCAUACUAGUAAUCCUACAUUAUAGAGAUCUGCGGAGGCGGCCAUUGUGAGCCAAUCGUGCAGAGAGAACUGUCAAAGUGUGAGCCAAAUUAACAUGCUUAUCGUUCGUAGGAAGGCAUCGUUUGAACGGUAUUGCAAUUGGAACUAAAUAAAUUAAAAUUAUUUAUUUUUAAUAUCGAGAUAUUGACGGCAUAUGUAUGUUUAGUAAAAAGAUAAUAAUAUAUUAAUUCUGCUUUCAAAAACUCAUGCUUAUGACGACACUUUUGUUGCUGAACUUGUCGAAAAAACUUCCAUUGCUGCUUCUUGCUUCACUUCUGCCGAUAUGAUUAGCGUAACACUUUUGCAAUGAAUUUCAUAUUUCUUCGAUUGCUCCGCUUUUUCAACAAAAUUUUGAAAAAAAAAAUCUACCAUAAUAAGAAAAUGUAAACAAAACAACUUGAACCACAACGAAGUCACGCACAAAGUUUGAACAUCUAGCUUUGUAGCAAGUGUUGGCAGCUUUUGUAAACAAAACAAACAGCGUUGCCAAAUCGACGUAUGUAACUUCCGCUCAUCUCUAUGUAGAGGAUUUCUACACGCUAACCCUCAGUUACCCAGAUUGAUGUCAAAGCGACCCAGAUUGAGCAAAACUGCAGUUACUCUAAUCUGAGUAAAGGCACCUUUACUCAAAUCUGGGUUACCGAUGUUGGUGAAAAAAUCUGGGUAACCGGUACCCAGCUCCUCCUGGACCUUGAUUUUGUUAAUUUAUUUCCAAAUUAGAUUUUUUAUAAAAAGCUCCCAACUCCCAUGUGCUGUUCACUUACCUGAUGCAGGAAAACAGUUCCCUGGAAGAAUUUCACUGUUUUCCCGUCAUUUAUCCUCAUAUUUUCGUGGAAACAUUCAUAAUUGCCAGCGUUUGCCUGACCGCUGCCAUAUUCUCAAGCCGAAAAGUGACAAAGUGCCGAUUACCCAGAUCUUUACCCAGAUUAAACCAAUCUGGGUUUUCGGGUUACCCGGAUUUUGACAACUGCUAACAACAUGAAAAUCCGGGUAGAAUCGACCCAUGCGAUGGGUAGUUUCAGGUUAGCGUGUAGUCCAUACUGUCUGCGAAGCGAACAAACUAAUCGUAUUCCGUGAAAGUCGUUAUCAGCGGCUUUCAUUUCAUCUGUCGCCGAAACUUGCUAGUGAGUAACCGCAAAUAAUGCCAGCUAAGUGCACUACGACCCCAUUUAUGUAGGUGAUAGAUAAUUAAAAAUAAUCUGAAAGACGGCAUUCAGAAAAGUGUUAGUUUGGAAGCUUUUCCUUUUUUGCCGAUUUUCUGGUAGUUUAGUAGCUUCUCCAGUUGCUAUUCUAUUUCUCUAAUUAUAUCAGCUGUGCUAUUCGCUUACCCACUUUAUUUGGGCUCAAAGUGCAGCUCGAUGCCAUGGUAAUCCAUCUUCCUUGUUGAUUUAGUUAUUGGAUGGUAGGCAAUCCUAAUCUUCUUAGUGUGACAGCUGAUUUGAAGUAAUCUUAGAAAAAGUUGGCCAAAGCUCAAAUUGCCAAACAAGAUACGAUGAAUCGUGUUCUAAAAACGACCAACACCACCACCGCAUUCGUUUCGUUUGGGUUCCUCUCUGGAAUCAAUAACAUUUCAUUACCCAACCACCCCUUAACGUACUUCAGUAUGUAAUGAUACAUUAUAACCCCAGAAUAACUGUUGUAACACUCAAAAACACAUUCAACAUCACAAGGAACAAAAAUAACGUAACAUGUAAAUAUACCUAAGUCACUAGUGUAGAAUAAGGCAGAGAGCAACUAGUGCUUGGUGCUGCUUGUAACAUUAUUCCCAGAUACCUACCUACAUUGAAUCACUGAAAAUAACCUACUGAAAACCAUUGUUGGAUUCUUUGAAUUUUUUGACGUUUAACACUAAUUUGCAACUCACUCACAAAUUGAUACCAUUGGGCACGUAAUAAGAGCAAGCACCCGAGUCAGCGCCAUGCAAUAUUUGUAUAUUUGUUGGUUACUAUAUUAUAUAUGGUAUAUUUAUAUUUAAUUGGUAAAGCGUUGUUACAUACCCGCAUUGAUCAAUAGUCUUAUUGACCGGACCGGAUUGAUUUGAAAAACACUGGAAGAAAAAAUAGUGUGCGCAACGUGUGUGUAAUUUGAAUGGCGUGUAAGUGUAUGGAACGACAGGUAAACAAAUAGAUCUUCUCUUGGUAUAAGUACUAGGAGACAGGAGCCGUGGAACUAGAUGAAAAAGAUUCGGCUGAUGUAUUUACAGAAAUAGUGGACAACAAGAAGAUACGUAUAGAUUGGUUUGUCGAAUUAUUUUGCAAACCACAAAAAUUCACGUGCAAGUCAAGCUGUAGUGUUUGUUAAGCAAAUUUACUGAUAGCUACCUACCACAAAAGUUUACGUCGUGCAUUAUCGGUUUGUCGUCCGUUUUCAUGAUGAAAAAGUACGCAUUCUCUAGCUGAGCUCAGUCAUACGUUCGUUUCUAAGCAUCUAGGCAUGAUUUCUCCAGGCAAAAGAAAACCAGAAAACCAAUAAAUUAAGCAAACAAUAA